AUGGCCCUUGAAACUCUUCCGCCUUCUCCAACAACCAACGGACACACUCAGAUGAAAAAAAACGACGCUUCAGGCGGAUGGGUCAUCCAAAAGUUUGGCGGUACCAGCGUGGGAAAAUUCGCCGAGAAAAUUGCCGAAGAUAUCGUGCGGGCACAUCUCGGUGGGAAUAAAAUCGCAGUUGUGUGUUCGGCGAGAAGUACAGAUACAAAGGCAGAAGGGACCACAAAUAGACUUCUCCGAGCUGCGGAGGAAGCUUUAAAACCCGGCUCAAGACUAUACCUUGAUAUUGUCGAAGCGAUCCGGGAAAGCCAUGUUGACGCUGGCGCAGAGCUUAUAGAAUCCAAAGAAAUACUUGACCAGCUCAAGAGCGAUAUAGAGACAGAAUGUGGAAAGCUGAUCAACUUCCUCAGCGCCGCCCAGAUCAUCGACGAAAUUAGCCCGAAGACAAAGGACAUUAUCAUCGGUGCCGGAGAAAAGUUGGCAUGCUUGCUCAUGACGGCUCUUCUCCGAGAUAGAGGAGUUGGUGCGGAAUAUGUUAAUUUGGAUAGCAUUAUUCCUAGCAGUUAUACAGUCAAAAAAGGUCUCGACCAAGAAUUCUACGACUACCUUCCCAAGCAAUUGGCAGAAAGGAUUCAGCUAUGUGAGGAUAGAGUGCCAGUAGUUACAGGCUACUUUGGUACUGUUCCCGGUAGUCUCUUGACCUCGGUCGGCAGAGGGUACACAGAUCUCUGCAGCGCACUUCUGGCGGUUGGGCUCGAUGCCGAGGAGCUUCAGGUGUGGAAGGAGGUUGAUGGGAUUUUCACUGCGGACCCCAGGAAGGUUCCAACAGCACGCCUGAUCCCAGUGAUUACCCCUGAAGAGGCUGCAGAGUUAACAUAUUACGGUUCAGAGGUUAUACACCCAUUCACCAUGGAGCAAGUAAUCCGCGCGCGGAUUCCAAUCCGUAUCAAAAACGUCGAAAAUCCCGCAGGUGAAGGUACUAUCAUCUUUCCUGAUACUAUCCAUCGCAAAGGCGAGGAUACACCUACCGAGCCCCCAAGGCACAUGCGCCUUAAAACACAUGAUCCACUUCUUGUUCAGCGACACAAACGCCCAACUGCAGUCACUACCAAGAAUAAUAUCGUAGUUCUCAAUGUCCAUUCAAAUCGAAAGUCCCUUGCACAUGGUUUCCUUGCGGAGAUUUUUUCUACACUCGACAAAUGGCGGUUAGCAGUUGACCUUAUCUCCACAAGUGAGGUACAUGUGUCUAUGGCACUACAUUCGGAGGUUAGGGAGAACGAUUUGAAAGAAGCAAUUGAGGAGUUAAAACAUUACGGAACAGUCGAUGUCAUUCGCGAUUUGACUAUUCUCUCCUUGGUAGGGAAACACAUGAAGCAGAUGGUUGGUAUUGCUGGGAGGAUGUUUAGCACUUUGGCUGAGAGUAAUGUGAAUAUUGAGAUGAUAUCACAAGGUGCGAGCGAAAUCAACAUCUCAUGUGUUAUCAAACAGGCAGAUGCCAUACGUGCCAUGAAUGUACUACAUACAAAGUUAUUUACAUACCAAGAUCUCUGA